AUGGACACCGAACUACUCGAGAAAGCUGAAACUCUUUUGCUGAAAAGAAGCCAAGACAACAGUUUCAGAGAAGACAUCAAACGCCUUCAGCAAGGGAAGCAAUUAGAGGGCAGCAGUAAAUUGAAAAGGCUCGACGUAGUAUUAGAAGAGGGUCUCCUGCGACUAAAGGGAAGAAUCGACGCGAUACAGGCCAUGAAUGAUGAAAAUAUCGCUGACGCACUAAAUGAAUCUAAAUUCGACUAUUCGGGCGAUGAUUCAGAUUGUGAUUUGACCUUCAAACCUCCGGAACUCGACUGUCAUGUUGUUGCAAUUGGUGCUAAUGAUUCCGAUACGGACAUUACAGACUCGGAUGAUUCAGAUAAUGCUACUGAAUCAGAUUACCCUGCACCUUCACCUACGUUAUCAAAGUAG